GGGGGAGGCGACACCGCAGAGCUGGUGUUGGGGGGAACUGGCUUUUAAAUAGGGCUGGCCGUGGCCAACGGGCUGCUGGACUUAGUGCAAGCCAGGACCGAGCCGGACAACUCUUACUACAUUUAAAAUGCAGAGCUGCAGCGCGGGUGCCUCCCGGAGCCAGUGUGAACCGGGAUGCUCAAGCCAGCUCCUGGAGCUACCCCUGCAGUGGCUUUGCAGAGUGGUCUUUAUUGACUAAUCGUGUAUUCGAUACAAAUUGUAUCAACUACACAAUUAGUCAGAUAAUUGCAAUUUAACAUCCCGAGGUCUGGGGUCUGGGACAGAGGUUGGGUGCAGAAGGGAGCUUGAGGUAGUUGACUGGGGUUCAGGAGAGGGAGUAGGGUCUGAGAGGACGUUUGGGUGAAGGGGGAGGUUGUGACCUGGGGCAGGGAAUUGGGGUGCAGAAUCCGGGAGGGAAUAUGGGUGCAGGAGAGGAUUCUGGCCUGGGGAGAGGUGUAGGAGGGGGUGCAGAGUCUGGGAGGGAGUUGUGAUCUUGUGAAAAGGGGUGUAGAGGGUUUGAGCAGUAACCUGGCAUGCUGGGGUGUGUGGGAGUUGGGGUGUGUGGGGGGUGCCAGAUGCAGGCUGUGGCCAGGAGAUGCUUACCUAGGUGUCUCCCAGCCAGCAGCCCAGGGGAACCCUGAGACAGGCUCCGUGCCCACCGCAGCCCAAGGCUCAAAGUGUCUGGCUGCGCAUAUGUCUCUCUGCAUUGUGUGCAGGGGAGAGAAGGGAAACGUCACACGCUGUCCCCACCCCAGCCCAAUCAUUGUCCCCUUCCUAUCCACCCCAUGGAGCAGCCAGCUGCUUGGAGCAGCCUGGGGCUGUGGCAGGCAGGGAGCCUGCGAGGUAGGUGGGGAGGGCCCCAGGCUGGAUCCAAAGGCUUGGCGUGCCAGAUCUGGCCUGCUGGCUGUGGCUUGCUCAUCCCUGAGCUAACGUGUUAAGUGCACAAGAGACAACUAGGAGAUUCAACAAACAGAAAGGGAUGGGGCUAUGUAAGGUUCCCUAUUUGCCGUACUACUAGUCAAGACAAUUCACCGGCCUCCAUGCAUCCCUGUUUCUCCUUUGUCAUCCCUUGUACAGAGAGGUCCCUUCAUCUCAGUGUGAGAGUAAGGUCUGGUCUACACUGGGAGUUUAGGUCGAACUUAGCCGUAGUAGGUGGAUUUUCUAAACAAGGAGUCCAUAUCACCAAGCCCGUUCUGUCAACUUUAAGGGCCGUUAAAGUUGAUUUUGGCACUCCUGCUUUCACGAGGAGUAACGCUAAAUCCGGUCUUGCAUGGUUGACUUUACGGUAGUGCAGAUGCAGUACUGUGAAAGUUGACUUUCUUGGACACUGGGAGGUGUCCCACAGUGCCCUGUUGUGACUGCUCUGGCCAGAACUGUCAAUGCUAUUGCUCGCCAGGUGAACAGGAACAGCCCCGGGAAAAUUUGAUUUUCAUUUUCUGUGUGGCCAGCGUGGCAGGCAGCACACCCGAGCAGCACAGCUGACCAUGAGUUCCCAGGGUUGCCGAUGAGCACCAGCAUGGAGCGUGCAGGAGAUCCUGGAUCUCAUUGCUGUGGGGGAGGGGAAUUUGUUCCCGCAGAUCUACGAACCAGAGAAAGAAAUGCAGAUAUCUACGCCAAGAUCGCUAGGGCCAUGAGGGAGAAAGGAAACACCAGGGAUGCCCAGCAGUGCCGAGUGAAAAUAAAGGAACUGAAGCAGUCAUACCAAAAGACAAAGGAGGCAAAGUCUGGAUCAUCACUGCAAACAUGCCGCUUCUGAGGCAGGGACCUGACCAACUUUCCUAGCCAGUCCAUGGAUUCCUCCCAAGACACUCAUCAGGCAGCCUCGGACAGCAUGGAUGAGGAAGACGAGGAGGAGAAUGGUCAGCAGGACCGUGUUUCUGAGAGGGGGCCCAGCCAUGGCCACUGGCGGGAAAAGCAGCCAAUCUAGCGUCCAUCAUUAUACCAACCGACUGAUUAACGAGAAGUCUCCCUACCUCCUCCAGCAUGCACACAAUCCUGUGGACUGGUACCCAUGGGGCCAGGAAGCCUUUGAUAAAGCAAAGAAAGAAAACAAGCUGAUAUUUCUGUCAGUCGGCUACUCCACCUGCCACUGGUGCCACGUGAUGGAGAAGGAGUCCUUCAAGAACAAAGAGAUUGGCAAGAUCCUGAAUGACAACUUUGUGUGCAUAAAAGUGGAUCGGGAGGAGCGGCCAGAUGUGGAUAAAGUUUACAUGAGCUUUGUGCAGGCUACCAGCAGUGGAGGGGGCUGGCCAAUGAGUGUGUGGCUGACUCCUGAUCUCAAACCCUUCAUUGGUGGGACAUAUUUCCCUCCCGAGGACGGAAUUUACCAAGUCGGCUUUCGGACGGUGCUGCUCCGAAUUGCAGAUCAGUGGGAGCGGAACAAAGACGCCCUUUUGGAGAACAGCCAGAGGAUUAUGUCGGCACUGCUGGCCAGGGCUGAGGUUGGCAUCAGCGGGGAGGAAUCGCCCCCACCUUUUCCAGAGGUGAUGGCCAAGUGUUUCCAGCAGCUGUCUGAAUCGUAUGAGGAGGAAUACGGCGGCUUUUCGGAGUUUCCAAAGUUCCCCACGCCAGUCAAUUUAAAUUUCCUGUUCACCUACUGGGCCCUGCACCGCGCAUCCCCGGAUGGCGCACGGGCCUUGCAGAUGGCACUGCACACUCUCAAGAUGAUGGCCUAUGGUGGGAUUCAUGAUCACAUUGCUCAGGGAUUCCACCGCUACUCCACCGACCAGAGGUGGCAUGUGCCUCACUUUGAGAAGAUGCUGUAUGAUCAGGGGCAGCUAGCAGUGGCCUAUGCCAGGGCAUUUCAGAUUUCUGGCGAUGAAUUCUUUGCAGAUGUUGCUGCCGACGUUCUGCUCUAUGUCUCCCGUGAUCUGAGCGACAGGGCUGGAGGGUUCUACAGCGCAGAGGAUGCAGACUCCUACCCAACAGUCAAGUCCAAAGAGAAGCAGGAGGGGGCGUUCUGUGUGUGGACGGCAGAGGAAAUACGGCACCUCCUUCCGGAGCCUGUGGAGGGGUCCUCGGAGGGGAAGACCCUGGCAGACGUGUUCAUGCAUCACUAUGGGGUUAAGGAAGGUGGGAACGUGAGCCCAGCAAAGGACCCCCACAAGGAGCUUCAAGGGCAGAACGUGCUGAUUGUGCAGUAUUCCCUGGAGCUGACGGCAGCCAGGUUCGGGCUGGGCUUGGAGCAGCUCAAGACAUUGCUGGCGAAGAGCAGAGAGCGGGCUCGCCGGCCACGCCCAUAUCUGGACACCAAGAUGCUGGCCUCCUGGAACGGCCUGAUGAUCUCAGGUUUUGCUCUGAGCGGGGCAAUCCUGGGCAAGGAGGAGUACGUCUGCCGGGCCGGGCAGGCUGCCGACUUCCUGCGAGGCCACCUGUUCGACGCCAGCAGCGGGAGGCUGCUGCGGAGCUGCUACCGGGGCAAAGGCCGCUCGGUGGAGCAGAGCGCUGUUCCCAUUCAGGGCUUUCUGGAGGAUUAUGUCUUUGUGAUCCAGGCUCUCUUUGACCUUUAUGAGGCCUCGCUGAACCAGAGCUGGCUGGAAUGGGCCGUGCAGCUCCAGCGCAAACAAGACGAGCUCUUCUGGGACUCCAAAGGCUUUGCGUAUUUCUCCAGCGAGGCUGUGGACUCCUCUCUGCUCCUCCGCCUGAAGGACGAUCAAGAUGGCGUAGAGCCCAGUGCCAACUCUGUGGCCGUGACUAACCUGCUCCGGGCAGCCUGUUACUCUGGCAACAUGGAGUGGGUGGAGAAGGCCGGGCAGAUCCUGGCGGCCUUCUCAGAGAGGCUGCUGAAGAUCCCCGUGGCCCUGCCAGAGAUGGCCCGGGCCACCGUGGCCUUUCACCGCAGUCUCAAACAGGUCGCUAUCUGCGGUGCCCCAGAAGGAGAAGACACUAAAGAUCUGCUCCGCUGCGUCCACUCCGUCUUUGCUCCAAACAAGGUGCUGAUGCUGGCGGACGGGGACAGCUCUGGAUUCCUGUACCACCACUUGCCCUUUCUCUCCUCCCUGGAGAGGAAAGACGGAAAAGCCACUGCUUAUCUCUGUGAAAACUUUGCCUGCUCCCUGCCUGUCACCUCCUCCCAGGAGCUGCGCAGUCUGCUGCUGCUGUAAGCUGCUCCCCUCCCCCCCGUGGUCUUUCUGGACACCCUGCCAUCUCGGUGAAGGCGAAAGAAAAUAGGAGAGACUAGUGAGAGAGCUGUGGUGACUGUGCACGGAUGGUUCAAUAAAGUCACCUUUUGCACAAGCUGCCUCCUGGAUUGUUCUUAGUGAAACGGACAGACCAUCCCCACGGGUUGCUCCCCAACCCCUCAGUGAGCUGCUGACUUCGGAGAUGGCUUUGGUCCUCAUGUUUCUGUUGUAACAACAUCUUUCCUCCUCCGCAGCAGGAAGACUCGCGCUCAACAGUUCUCCAGAGCUUUGUCCACUGAGGCCAGAUUAUGUUCCCUGCAGUCAAUCCCCGGUGCAGCCCGUUGUAAUCUGAGCCAUGCCAUUGAAUCAAAUAUGAAGAGUCCACAGGUGGUCCACAUGCAGUGUCCAAUUAGGUCCCUCUUUUUAUCCAGCUACAAUUAUGUCAGUUUUGCAGCAUCCUGUCAGGUUGGCAUUGUCCCUAUUUUUGGAAACUGAGGCACAGAGAGACUCAUCUGCCCAGGCUACAUAGGAGGAGCCAGGAAUAGAAUUCAGACAUCCUGAUUCCCUAUACCCCUUCUCCAGUGUUUCUCAACUAAUGGGUUAUCACCCCUGGCAGUGGAGUGGAUGCUGUGUAAGGCAAUCCAGGGGGAUAGGCACUGGAAAUUUUAUUAUAAAUGAAAGCAAAGGAAGGCUCCCUCCCUGCACAACCCAUUUCACUGUCAAGAAUUUGCUUUCAGCCUCUCCAAACACACUGCACCAUUCAAUUCCGCAGGCUUAUUAGCACUGUUAGCAUUAGUACAUUCUCGUACUGUGAUCGUAAAUGCAUGUACGGUCACAACAUUUUCUGACCUUAAAUAAA